AUUCUCCGUGCAUGCGCGGCGAUGCGCUGUGUCUCUCGGACACAGUGGAUCACCGAUCACAGAAAGAGCCUAAGAUGUCAGCUCGGUCAUGUGAUCAGCUGUGUCCAAUCACAGCUGAUCAUUGAUCAUCAGGGCACUGAUGAUCAGUGUGCCCUGAUGAUCAGUGUAGCCGCAGCAGUGCCACCUGUCAGUGUCCAUCAGUGCCAGCUGUCAGUGUCCAUCAGUGCCACAUCAAUGCCACAUAUCAGUGCCUACAAGUGCACAUUAAUGCCACAUAUCAGCACCCAUCUGAGCUGCCUUUCAGUGUCACCCAUCAGUGCCAGUCAGUGCCACCUAUCAAUGCCAAUCAGUGCCACCUAUCAGUGCUGCCAAUCAGUGCCACCUGUUAGUGCCAGUCAGUGCCACCUAUCAGUGCCAUGUAUCAGUGCUGCCUUUCAGUGCCCAUCAGUG